AAUUUCCUUAUUAUAUAAAUAAAAAGUUCUCAGUUAAACAUUCAAAAGAAACUGUAAACAGAUCUGAAAUGGAAAAAGUUGGGCCACCUCCUGAUUAUUACUUAACAACAGAUCACUCCAAUCAAGCACAAAACCUUUCACAGAAUCCUUCUCAAGUUCCUAGCUACUAUCAAGGUCAACCAAUACCUUAUUAUUCAAAUCCACAAAAUGUUACCUACCAAGUAUCACCUGCUCCAGGAAACCAAGUACCACCUGCUCCAGGAAACCAAAUACCUUACUAUAAUCCAUAUCAAGCAAAUGUUAUAAUUCAUCAACCAGCAGUUAUGGCAGGUGUAGUGUACACAGGACCACCUCCAAAUAGUCAUAGAGCACUGGCAUGGUUAACAUGUUUGUUUUGCUGCUGGCCACUUGGUGUUGCAUCUAUAAUUAAAUCCAUGGAGGUUGACACUGCUAUAGCCCAAAAUAAUUUAACUAGGGCUCAGAUGGCAUCGGAAUCAGCAAAAAAAUUUGGUUUUGCCUCAUUGGGUUGCGGAAUUUUUAUGCAUUUAAUAUGGAUUAUCUACUUAAUAAUUUAUUUUGUUAUUUUUGUACCUAAUUUUUACAGUGUACGUCGAUACUAAAUAUAAAAUAACAAUAACAACAGCACACUAAGUUUGAAAUGUUUUGUUUUAUCAUUUUUAACCAGAUUGUUGUAAAAAAGCAUUAAUGUCAUAAAUCAUCGUUAUAUAAAUAAUUAUUUUUGUUAACAAUUUUUUUUUUUUAAUUUUGUGAUAUUAACAUUUUUCUUAACUUUUGCUUGAAUAUUUCACUGUUGUUUUUUAACAUUUUUAAGUUAAUUUUUAUAAACUUAUCACUGUUUAAAGUUUAAUAAACUUAUUAUCGCUCUUUUAUGAUCAUGUGUAUUUGCUUUGAUAUAAUAAAAGUUGUUUUUAGUUUUGA